AUGGCUGCAGCAGAGCAGAUGAUUAUGCCCAUUCCUAGGAGGGGUGAUGAGCAGAGUACAGAGGACAUUCCUACAGAUGGCCGCCCAGAUGACUGUACCAGGAACUUAGAGAAACAUCUGGUCUCUUCAGCUUUUGAAGUAGAUGAUCAUGGUAUCAUACAAGAUAUAUAUGAAGAGCAUGCUAAAAUCCAAGAUAUAUCUUCAACCAAUCACAGCAAAAAUUUAUUAUUUGAUCCUUUUAAACUGGUCCGAUCUUCUGAUUCAAAACAGACUGUAACACAGAAUAAAAGUCACAGAAAGGGUGUUAAACAUCAUACAGAUCACUUAAGAGGGAAGCCAUUUUCAUGCUCAGAAUGUGGAAAAUGUUUUAAGUAUAAAUCAGCUUUUGAUAGACAUCAGAUAAUUCACACCGGGGAGAAGCCAUUUUCAUGUUCAGAAUGUGGAAAAUGUUUUAACAGGAAAUCAUAUCUUGUUAGACAUCAGAUAAUUCACACAGGAGAGAAGCCAUUUUCAUGCUCAGAAUGUAGGAAAUGUUUUAGGCAUAAAUCAGCUUUUAUUAUACAUCAAAGAAUUCACACAGGAGAGAAGCCAUUUUCAUGCUCAGAAUGUGGGAAAUGUUUUAAAAAUAAAUCACAUCUUGUUGUACAUCAGAGAAUUCACACAGGAGAGAAACCAUUUUCAUGCUCAGAAUGUAGGAAUUGUUUUAAGUAUAAACAAGAUCUUGUUGUACAUCAGAGAGUUCACACAGGAGAGAAACCAUUUUCAUGCUCAGAAUGUAGGAAUUGUUUUAAGUAUAAACAAGAUCUUGUUGUACAUCAGAGAAUUCACACAGGAGAGAAGCCAUUUUCAUGCUCAGAAUGUGAAAAAUGUUUUAACAAGAAAUCGGAUCUUGUUGUACAUCUGAGAAUUCACACAGGAGAGAAGCCAUUUGUAUGCUCAGAAUGUGGGAAAUGUUUUAAGUAUAAACAAGAUCUUGUUGUACAUCAGAGAAAUCACACAGGAGAGAAACCAUUUUCAUGCUCAGAAUGUGGGAAAUGUUUUAACAAGAAAUCAGCUCUUGUUAGACAUAAAAAAAAUCACUAAGAAAAGCCAUCUCCAUGCUUAGCCCUUUAGUGACCACCCUUAUGUGUUUUCAUGGUAGUCAGAGUCGCUAACUGGCUUUAUUCCGUCAGACACUCCUUUUUACAGGGAGAUAAAACAGAACCUUGCUUUAAGUUACCAGAGAUGGUCGAGGUCUUGGAAUGAUGAUUGGGACCUCUGUGAGAGCUCCCCAAACGUGUUGUCUCCUGUAUUGAAUGAAUACCAGUCAUCAAAGGACAGAUCCAGUUAAAGUUUAU